GGUGCUUUUCGACCUCAUCCUUCAAUCGGUCAACAAGGAGAUGUUCGAGCACAUCAAGGAUCUUGUGGAAGCGGAUGAUUCGGGUCCAAGGACGUGGAAACUACUACGCGAUGUGAUUCAGCCCAACACUCUCCCGAUGGUGAUCGUGCUCGAGAAGGAACUUGCUGCCAUCUCCAUGCGACCAGGGGACGAUGUGAAGCCGGUCCUUGACAAGAUCAAGGACACCUAUGCAAGGAUGGCAGCAGCGGGUAGCAGCGUUCCUCAGCUGCAGCAGUGCACCAAGAUCAUCUCGGUGUUGGACAACUCUUGGGACAACCUCAUCCCCACCCUCAACUCUCAGCAAGAUCAAUGGACACCUGAGUGGCUAAAGCAGCAGAUCCUGCAGGAGGACUUCCGCAGACGCCAUAAGAGUAAGGCCGAAGUGACAUUUGGACCAACCAGCUGCCGUGCUAAGCUUGGGAAGAAGGUGCUGUGGAGUCUGGAAGAGGAGACCAGCUGCAUCAAGGACCUAUGGGAGCUGCCCAUCAUCCCUUGGAAUGGGAAGACUCCAACAACAGCAACGGCAGCAGUGGCAAAGGCAACAGCAGGAGGAGAUGCAACUGCACCAACUGAUGGGGACCUGGAAGCAGUCAAGAAACAGAAAAAGGGGAAGGACUAUGAUGAGGUGUUUGCUCCUGUGGGGAAAGGAACAACACUGAAGGUGCUGUUGGCGAUAGCUGCACUCCUGGGAUGGAAGAUAUGGCAGAUGGACAUUGUGACUGCCUUUCUGAAUGGGAUCAUUCUGGAGGAGGUGUACAUGAAGCAGCCAGAGGGGCUGGAUGAUGGGAGCGGCAGGGCCUAAGUGGCACUGGGUGAGGAGACUCCUUGAUAAGGAGGUGCGGCUGGAGAUCGUGAAAACCCAUCAGC